GCGGUGAAGAACCUCAAGGUCGGCGACAGGGUAGCCGUCGAGCCCGGGGUUCCAUGUAGACACUGCAACUACUGCCGCAGCGGCUCGUACAACCUCUGUCCGGACACCGUCUUCGCCGCCACGCCUCCACAUGACGGUACCCUGUCGAAAUACUACAUCACGCAGGCUGACUUCUGCUACCCAAUCCCUGACCACAUGGACCUGGAAGAAGGAGCCAUGGUCGAGCCCGUCGCGGUAGCGGUACAGAUCACCAAAGUGGGCCAGGUCCGGGGCAACCAGACCAUUGUCGUUUUUGGUUGUGGGCCUAUUGGGCUUUUGUGUCAGGCUGUCUGUAGCAAAGCAUACGGUGCGAAGCGUGUUAUCGGAGUCGAUAUUAGCCAGUCCCGGCUUGAGUUUGCAAAGACCUUCGGCGCUGACGAUGUGUUCUGUCCACCUCCCAAACCUGAUGUUAUCGAUGACACGGAGUGGAGUGAGAAGGUGGCGAAGAUGAUUAAGGAGCAGUUCAACUUGGGAGAUGGGCCGGAUGUUGUCUUGGAAGCAACUGGUGCUGAGAGCUGUAUCCAGACGGGCGUGCAUCUCGUGAAAAAGGGCGGUAUGUAUGUGCAGGCUGGAAUGGGCAGGGAGAACGUCGUAUUCCCCAUAACAGUCGCCUGCAUCCGAGACCUGACGAUCCGUGGCUCAAUCCGGUACACAGCGGGCUGCUACCCCACGGCUGUCGACCUCAUCGCGAGCGGCAAGAUCGAUGUCAAGAGGCUGAUCACAAACAGGUACAAAUUUGAAGAGGCAGAGCAGGCCUUUGAGCUUGUCCGGCAGGGCAAGGAGAGUGUAAUCAAGGUGAUGAUUGAAGGAGUGAAGAACUAG